UGCACUGGUCUUGGGUCGAGGGCCGAGACAAACACGCAAGCAAAGCAUGCACAGUGCUAUGUUAUUAUACAGAUGACAUAGCAUCGGGAGAAGCUCCUUUCGCACUGUACCUAUGUAGAACCGUUGCUGACGGUUGCUCGAUAGGACAUCAUGGUCACCCUCACCCCCACCCACCUCACCCUCAUAUGCCUCACCACGAGGCCCACGCCAACUCGCAGGGCGUCGUGGGCCGCGAGGACGUCUUUGCCAGUGCGAAAAUCGAGCCCUUCGAGGGCCACCGCAGCGCCAUGUACAAAGUCGAGAAGUCGCCCGGCCUCGACGACGAGAUUGUCGACUCGUCGCGGAUCGAUCCGCUCAGCGAGGAGAUGUGAUGAUGUGAUGAUUCAGAUUGCGUGCGCGCGCAUGGACGAAAGGAAAUGGAGCGGGUGGAUGCGAGAUUUGCUGAUCGGUCGAUAAGAGUGCGUGUGCUGGCUGCACGCGCCCUUGAGCUGUGAUGGGGGUGGAGGCAGAUCAUGAGCGAGAAAAAAAAAAAAAAA